GCGAAAAGAAGAAAAGAACGGUGGUCGCCUACCCGAUCGGAUCCCAAAAUUCUCCACAACCCCAUGGCGGCGAGUUUGUGGCGGGCGGUGAUGGGCACCGGCGCGGCGUCCACGAACACCACCGACUCCUCGGGCGGCGGCGUUGAGUUCUGGCGCGCCCCGGAGCGCGUGGGUUGGCUGACCAAGCAAGGCGAGUAUAUCAAGACAUGGCGGCGGCGGUGGUUCGUGCUCAAGCAGGGGCGGCUCUUCUGGUUCAAGGAAUCGACCGUCACGCGCGCUUCCGUGCCCCGCGGUGUCAUCCCUGUCGCCUCCUGCCUCACCGUCAAGGGCGCCGAGGACGUCCUCAACCGACCCUACGCCUUCGAGCUCUCCACGCCGCGCGAGACCAUGUACUUCAUUGCUGACACCGAGAAGGAGAAGGAGGAGUGGAUCAACUCCAUCGGGCGCUCCAUCGUCCAGCACUCCCGCUCCGUCACCGACGCCGAGGUCGUCGACUACGACAGCCGCCCUGGCGACAAAUGAUUGAUUUGUGAGCCGGUCACACCUGUUACUCUGCAGCGUCUCUAUGCUACUUUAUCUCUGCAGCGUCUCUAUGAUAAUUAGUGCCUGUUUGGUUUGUGCUAAUUAUGUCAUGCUUUGCCUAAUGUUAGUCGUUUCAAUUAAAUAACUAACCUUAGACAGAAAAGUUAGUCAAAGUGUGGUAAGCUAGGACAUGUUUGGUUUGAUGACUAAAUUAUCACAUUUUGUGUAACUUUUAUGUUUAAGAUUAGUUUUUCAAUUUGAACGACUAAGCUUAGACAAAGUGUGGCGCAGUUAGCCACGAACCAAACAGGUCUUUAGUCACCGAACCAAACAAGCCCUUAGUUAAACAGGUUUUUAGUCACCGAACCAAACAAGCCCUUAGUUUCACACUUGUUAUUGUUGUUUUGUGGAUGUAUGAUCUGUGUAUUUGUAUAAUAUUUUGGUCAUUGGGGAAUAAGUUCGGCAUCUUAUGUAUAGCGUGCUAUCUGAUACAGUACUGCAUAUCAGUUGUCUACUUUCAAAUU